AUGCCGGCCAAGGGGCGCUAUUUCCUCAACGGGGGCGCAGAGGGCCCGGACCAGACGGCACUCUACGAGAAGUACCGCCUCACCAGCCAGCACGGGCCACUGCUGCUCACGCUCCUGCUGGUGGCCGUCACUGCCUGCGUCGCCCUCAUUGUCAUCACCUUCGUCUGCGGGGACCCCUCCAGACACCAGACUGUCCUGGGGAUGGCCUUCUUCACUCUUGCUGUGUUUGUGGCUCUCUACGUGCUGGUGUAUGUUGAGUGCCUCGUCCGGCGGUGGCUCAGGGCCUUGGCGGUGCUCAUCUGGGUCUGCCUAAUGAUGCUGGGCUACACGCUGGUGUUCGACUCGUGGAUGAAGGCGGCCCCUAUCUGGGCACAGGUGCCCUUCCUCCUGUUCAUCGUCUUCGUGGUGUAUACACUGCUGCCCUUCAGCAUGCAGGGGGCCAUCGUGGCGGGGGUGAUCUCCAGCAUCUCCCACCUCCUGGUGCUUGGAGCCCUGAAGGAGGCCUUCACAAAGCCCAGCAUCCAGGUGGGACUGCAGCUGCUGGCCAAUGCGGUCAUCUUCCUGUGUGGGAACCUCACGGGCGCCUUCCACAAGCACCAGAUGCAGGACGCCUCCCGAGAGCUCUUCACUUACACCGUGAAGUGCAUCCAGAUCCGGCGUAAGCUGCGCAUCGAAAAGCGCCAGCAGGAGAACCUGCUGCUGUCAGUGCUGCCGGCCCACAUCUCCAUGGGCAUGAAGCUCGCCAUCAUCGAGCGGCUCAAGGAGCGCGGGGACCGCCGCUACAUGCCCGACAACAACUUUCACAGCCUGUACGUCAAGCGGCACCAGAACGUCAGCAUCCUCUAUGCCGACAUCGUGGGCUUCACGCGGCUGGCCAGCGACUGCUCCCCCAAAGAGUUGGUGGUGGUGCUGAACGAACUCUUCGGCAAGUUUGACCAGAUCGCCAAGGCCAAUGAGUGUAUGCGGAUCAAGAUCCUGGGGGACUGCUACUACUGUGUGUCGGGUCUGCCCGUAUCCCUGCCCACCCAUGCCCGGAACUGCGUGAAGAUGGGGCUGGACAUGUGUGAGGCCAUUAAGCAGGUGCGAGAGGCCACAGGUGUGGACAUCAGCAUGCGUGUGGGCAUACACUCAGGGAACGUGCUGUGUGGGGUCAUUGGGCUGCGCAAGUGGCAGUACGACGUGUGGUCCCACGACGUGUCCCUGGCCAACAGGAUGGAGGCAUCUGGAGUCCCUGGCCGGGUGCACAUCACAGAGGCGACGCUGAACCACCUGGACAAGGCGUAUGAGGUGGAGGACGGGCACGGGCAGCAGCGGGACCCCUACCUGAAAGAGAUGAACAUCCGCACCUACCUGGUCAUCGACCCCCGGAGCCAGCAGCCGCCCCCGCCCAGCCAGCACCUCCCCAAGCCCAAGGGGGACGCGGCCCUGAAGAUGCGGGCGUCCGUGCGCAUGACCCGCUACCUCGAGUCCUGGGGCGCUGCGCGGCCCUUUGCUCACCUCAACCACCGUGAGAGCGUGAGCAGCGGUGAGACCCCCGUCCCCAGCGGGCGGAGGCCCAAGACCAUUCCCCUGCGGCGCCACCGGACCCCUGACAGGAGCGCAUCCCCCCGGGGGCGGUCGGAGGACGACUCAUACGAUGAGGAGAUGCUGUCAGCCAUCGAGGGGCUGAGCUCCACGAGGCCCUGCUGCUCCAGGUCCGAUGACUUCUACACCUUUGGGUCCAUCUUCCUGGAGAAAGACUUCGAGCGAGAGUACCGCCUGGCACCCAUCCCCCGGGCCCGCCACUACUUCGCCUGCGCCAGUCUCGUCUUCGUCUGCAUCCUGCUGGUCCAGGCCCUGCUCAUGCCCAGGAUGGUGGCUCUGGGUGUGUCCUUCGGGCUGGUGGCCUGUGUGCUGGCGCUGGUGUUGGGCCUGUGCUUUGCCCACGAGUUCUUGAGGUGCUGCCCGGCCCGGGGGAUGUUGCAGGCCAUCUCUGAGAGUGUGGAGACCCAGCCCCUGCUGCGCCUGUCCCUGGCCGUCCUGACUAUUGGCAGCCUGCUCAGCAUCGCCAUCGUCAACCUGCCGCUGAUGCCUUUCUCGGCCCCGGGGCUGCCUGCGGGCAACCAGACGAGCCUGAGCCCGAGGCCUGGGAGCAACACGUGCGGGCUCCUCCCGGUGAGUGCUGCCAGGCCCUGGUCCGGACGGCUGGGCCCCGCGUGCUCCCGCUGGGCCCUGCUCCUGCGCAGCGCCCCGCCUGAGUGUCUGAGGCCACGGGGUGCGGGGGAGCGGAGUCCAGCCCCUCCCAGGAGAUGGACAGAGCAAGGCCCAGCCGGGGCCGAGGUGGCCUCUGGUCCUGGAGGACACAAGGGCUUCGGGGCCGGUGCUGCUUCAUCCAAGUAUUACACCUGUAGCUGCAUCCUCGCCUUUGUCGCUUGCUCGGUCUUCCUGCGGAUGAGCCUGGAGCUGAAGGUUGUGCUGUUGACCGUGGCCUUGGUGGCCUACCUGGUGCUCUUCAACAUCUCCCCGUGCUGGCAGUCGGACUGCUGUGGCCACGUUGUGGACAACCUCACCGAGACCAAUGGUACCCUCAGCAGCUCCCCGUUCUGUGUGUGGAAGGACGCGAAGGCGAUGACCAAUUUCUACCUGGUUCUGUUCUACGUCACCCUCCUCAUGCUCUCCAGGCAGAUUGACUACUACUGCCGCCUGGACUGUUUGUGGAAGAAGAAGUUCAAGAAGGAGCACGAGGAGUUUGAAACCAUGGAGAAUGUGAACCGCCUUCUUCUGGAGAAUGUCUUGCCAGCCCACGUGGCCGCUCACUUCAUUGGUGACAAGUUAAAUGAGGACUGGUACCAUCAGUCCUACGACUGCGUGUGUGUCAUGUUCGCGUCUGUGCCGGACUUCAAAGUCUUCUACACGGAGUGCGACGUCAACAAGGAGGGGCUGGAGUGUCUGCGCCUGCUGAACGAGAUCAUCGCCGACUUCGAUGAGCUGCUCCUAAAGCCCAAGUUCAGCAGCGUGGAGAAGAUCAAGACCAUCGGCAGCACGUACAUGGCAGCCGCGGGGCUCAGCAGCCCCUCAGGGACUGAGAACCAGGACCUGGAGCGGCAGUACGCGCACAUUGGCAUCAUGGUGGAGUUCAGCAUCGCCCUGAUGAGCAAGCUGGACGGCAUCAACCGGCAUUCUUUCAACUCCUUCCGCCUCCGAGUUGGCAUAAACCAUGGGCCCGUGAUUGCUGGAGUGAUCGGGGCACGAAAGCCUCAGUAUGACAUCUGGGGAAACACGGUCAACGUUGCCAGCCGGAUGGAGAGCACUGGAGAACUUGGCAAGAUCCAGGUUACUGAAGAGACAUGCACCAUCCUCCAGGGACUAGGUUAUUCUUGCGAGUGCCGGGGACUGAUCAACGUCAAAGGCAAAGGCGAGCUGAGGACUUACUUUGUCUGUACAGACACUGCCAAGUUCCAAGGGUUGGGACUCAACUGAGGGCUUCUGGUAGGUGCAGAACAUGCUGGAAGCAGAUUUCCUUCCCUGAGACAAGCCAAGGGGAGCACUCAGCCCCACGCCAGUCACAAAGGCAUUCCAAGGGUUUGGUCGUCACUACCCCUGCAGAUGGCUAUGCAUAGCUUCCUCGGAUUUGUGCUACAGGAUUUCUGGGAACAUGCAUCAGACCCUCGCCUGAGGCGACCACGGAGCCUUGCCACCCACAGGUAGCCAGCACCUCUGUGCCAUCCGAGUCUGCACCACAGCCCCUAGACAGUGUGGACAGGCUCACUCAUGAGGCUCAGCUGCUCAGUCCCCUUGCUGCUGUGGCGAUCUCGGAGCAUGAGCCGUACAUACCCUGCCUGGCCU